AUGAAUCAAGCCAAGAAGCACGCGGUCCUCAACCAACGGUCAUACCGCCACAAAACGCAAAAAUUGCGCCAAGUUACGCUUAUUCAAUAUCCGACCGACUUACUGAACGAUUUACCUCAAAUCACCGAUGAAGGCGUAUUUAUCGAAUUUCCAUCCUCGCCACCAUUACGCGCAGUGCUGGUCCUAAAUCCAACCCAUGAAGACAUCAUCACCAACAUCGGCUUUGUGGAGGAAGGACACACAGAGCGGAGGCUCGCAAACUGGCUAGACGGCAUUACCCACGAUUCAAUCUCUCCAGAAAAGCUCGCAACUCUCGAAUCGGAGAUGCGGCACGGCCUCGCGCUUUUUCCAAAAAUCGAGGAACCAGACGAAGAAUGGGACGGAACCGGCACACUACCUCGCUACGACAGCGGCGCCGCGGGCUGCCACAAACCUACAUGCCGCUCUGUUCGCAGCAUUGUGCAGACCUUUCGCCCAUCGCAACCAACACGCAUUCCGCGCCCGCGCCCGGUCGUCCCCACCCCUGUCCGCCGCCUUGUCCACAAGCUCCUACAUCCGCCAACUUGGGGCCGGGACGCCACGGGUCGUGCGACUCGCGAGUGGUUAUCGAAGGCAGCACCGAAACACUUCAACAUCCAUGGAAUAAUGAGGGAGAGUUCGGAGCUGAGGGUUUAUGGGAGACGGGUGUUGGGCGUGGAUGCGGAAACCGCACUAUGGUGGCGCGGCAUGGAGGAGGAGAACGCCUGGAAGGGCAAGGGUGUUGGGUUGGGCGGCUUGAUGGGGGAGGUGGGGUUGAUGGUUGGUGGAGGGAUGGGGUGGUGA